UUAACUCAUUAAACCAUGAGUGUCUUUUUUUUUUUUUUUUUGACAGGCAGAGUGGACAGUGAGAGAGAGAGAGACAGAGAGAAAGGUCUUCCUUUCGCCGUUUGUUCACCCCCCAAUGGCCGCCGCGGCUGGUGCGCUGGGGUGUUCUCCAUCGUGGUGUUCGGCGCCAUUGUGAACGAGGGCUACCUCAACAGCCCGUCGGAGGGCGAGGAGUUCUGCAUCUACAACCGCAACGCCAGCGCCUGCAGCUACGGUGUGACCGUGGGCGUGCUCGCCUUCCUCACCUGCCUGCUCUACCUGGCUCUCGACGUGUAUUUCCCGCAGAUCAGCAGCGUCAAGGACCGCAAGAAAGCCGUGCUGUCCGACAUUGGCGUCUCGGCCUUCUGGGCCUUCCUCUGGUUCGUGGGCUUCUGCUUCCUGGCCAACCAGUGGCAGGUCUCCAAGCCCAAGGACAACCCACUGAACGAGGGGACCGACGCCGCCAGGGCUGCCAUCGCCUUCUCCUUCUUCUCCAUCUUCACUUGGGCGGGCCAGGCCGUGCUGGCCUUCCAGCGGUACCAGAUUGGCGCCGACUCAGCCCUCUUCUCCCAGGACUACAUGGACCCCAGCCAGGACUCCAGCAUGCCUUACGCCCCCUACGUGGAGCCCAGCAGCGGGCCGGACCCCGUCGGCAUGGGCGGCACCUACCAGCAGCCGGCCAACGCCUUCGACGCCGAGCCCCCGGGCUACCAGUCGCAGGGCUACUGAGCCGCAGUGACCGCCCGCCCCCGCCUGCCCCUGCCCCUGCCCUCUCCCUCCACACCCGCUCCCCCCAGCUGCCCCGCCCAGCACCCCCGCGGGGGCGGUCAGCGUCGGGGGUGUCUGCGUGUGUGUGCGAGUGUGCUGGAGGGUAGGCGUCCAGCGGGGGCCUGGGGGCCGGGGGACUCGCGUCCACGCAUUGUGUCAUCAAGCUCUCGUGGAGCGCCCACCGUGUCAGGCCCGGGCUUGACGGUGGUGGAAGAGGCAGAAGAGACCCUAGGAAAGGCAGGGUGAGGCGGGGACGCCCCGGGGCUCACUCCCGGGGCCCUCCCGGCUCAGGCAGGCAUGCUGGGAACCUGGUGGCUGGGGAAGCAGAACCCAGGAGGUCACGGUCACUCGCCCAGGGGCCCUGGGCCCAGCGCCUGCCUUCCUGUCCCUGGAGCGCCACCGCUGAGCACUGCUGUCUCCUGGGCGGUCUUGGGGCCCUCGGCCAGUGAGACUCCUGACUGCUGCGGGCUGGGGAGGGGCUGUGUCCCAGCACUCCCCCAGGACCCCCGGAGACAGCCAUGUCUUUGGCCCCCUUGUCCACAUCCCUGCCAGCCUCCCCCUGAGCUUGGCUCAGCCCUGCCGCCUGCUUCCCUACGUACAGCCUCUGCGCUAAGCGUCCCCUGGGGAGCCCGGCGGGGGCUCAGGCCUGGCCUCUUGUGACCACCCAAAGGACCGGUCCUUGUCCCCACUUCUAGGCGGGCUGAGUCCUCCCCCAGGGCUGGUGGACAGGGGGCCUGGUUGGGGGUGAAGGGGACUGGCCCAAGGUGCCGGUGAGUGAGUGGCAACCUGGCUAUUGGCCUGGCUGCCCAGCGGGUGCCCGAGUCCCUGUCCUUGCCUCUGGCGUGGGACACUGUCAUCGCUCCAUGCAUCUGGGGUCAGCCGCGAGCUGUCCCUGGCCUUCCAGAAAGCCCGCCAUGGGGGCUGAGCAGAGAAGACAGGGCUUUGCCAGCUGCAGACACGGGGGCGCUGCCCCCAGGUGCACAGUGGGCUCGGGGAAGACCCCAGGCCAUGGGGGAGAGGCUAGCAGGUGACCCCCAAAGGGGUAACAAGGGCUGUGGGACCGGUGGGGCAGGAGGGGUUCUUGGCUGCACAAGGCACACGGGAUGGGGGAGGGGCAUGGGGUGUUGCUGGGGGCCAUCCUGUCUGUGCCCAGCGUCCACCAGUCCCUCCAGGAGUGGAGCAGGGGCGAUGGCCCUGUCCACCGGGAACCCGGCGACGCGGCAGGUGUGCGGGGGAUGCCGAGGGCGUGCGUGGCCCCUGCCCUCAACAGAGCUUCCAGCAUGAAGCAGGCAGCCGAGUCCAUCACACAGAGCUGACGAGGGCUCUGCAGUCCGUGGAGAACGUGUAGUAUGAAAAAGCUGCAUGGAUUCCGACUUUUUUAAACCCAAACUUGUCCUUCGAUUCCAUUUUCCCAUGAACUUUGUGAAGCUCCCGAGUGCGGGUGCCGGGCACGCCCGAGGCUCCCCUGAGGAGGGGCCCUGGGGGUGGGCAGCCUUGGAGGCCAGAAGGAGCUCUCUAGGCAGAGAAGUAGUGCCAUUGCCCCAGUUAGCAGGGAGCACAGUGAGCUGGCCGCGGGGCACGGAUCCGCACUCGGGUCUGCUCCCCCCACAGGACAGCCAGGCGUUGGCGAUGGCCGCUGGGGGAGGGGCAGCUCGGGUGUGGGUUCCAUGCUGGCUGAGCAGGGGGAGCUGUAGCAGACCAGCGUGAGCGCUGGGGGUGGGAGUGUUUGUGCCCCCUGCCCACCGAAAGCCUCCCCUGCUGAUGGACCCCGGCGGCCCCGGGGUGCUGCCCAGGCUCGGGGGCAGGGGCCGGCUAAGCUUUGACCAGUGCUAGGUGGUUAUUGCAGACUCUCCCUUGACCCCGAUCUGGGAAAGUCUACCCGACCCCUGCCAAUCACGGCGGGGGUGGGUGGGGUGGGGGGCUGUGGUCCCACCAUCGGACGGCCAUGGGAAGAAGAUGAGAGGGACAGGGCUCCUGACCCCACUGCCGCGCGGCUAAUGGUGAACCAGUGGCUAAGGACAGCCUCGUGGGCUCCGCCUCUCCCUUGCUCUCAAGCCUCUCCCUGGACGAGGGCCUUCUGCGGCCUGGCUGCUGAAUUCCAACUCCCUCCUCCCAUCAAGCACAAGAGAGGGCCCAGGAAACUUGGGGUCCCCUUGCAGCCAGUGGAGUCUGGCAGGAAGACAGUGAGUUGCAGGUUCAGCCCAGCAGGGUCUGGUCCUGCCCGAUGGCUCCUGCCAACCCCAGGGGUGCAAGGGGUGCGAUCAUUGAGGGGCAUGUCCCCAGGGGACCAGCCCCGAGACCCACCCCCGCCACUCCAUUCUUCCCUGGUGAUUCUUGGUCUUCAAAGACUCAACGGGUGGGGUGUCCUAAGUUUCCCCCAUGUAACCAAGAGCCAACCCCUGGGAGCCUCCCCAGCCUUGACAGCAAAUCCCUCUGAUUCUCUAAGGAGCACGAAGAGGAAGUGCCCCUCCCAAGAGUGCAUGGGCAGGUGGACUGGUCAGCUGCCCACCAGCGCUGCCCGGACCUGACGCUCCCUGCUCCCCAGUGCCCACAGCCCUUGUCUGGGUGCCCCGGCCCCUCCCGCAGCGUAACUGCCUGUGUAUAGUACAAAUAUAUAUAUUUUCUAUGUAUAAGAUGUAUAAUAUAAGGCUCCACAAAUAUAUCUGUGUGCGUGUGUGCGGUGAAGGGCGGCCCCACCCAGGGCCCCUGCUGUAGCCCCUCCCCCCUGCCACCUGGUUCAGGCUCUCACGAGUGGACCCAGUGGUCCCCGGCCCCCUCCUUUAUGACGUCAUCCGUGUGUGGUGAACAAGUGAAGGUGGUGACUUCUGGUGACGUAGCAAUAAAGUGAAGACUCAGAACCCA